CCAAAGUACUUGAUUUCCAGCCCACACUCCUACCUGCGGCUUCUAACCACAGCCAUCAUGCCCAGGGGACAUAAGAGUAAGGCCCGUGCUCGAGAGAAACGCCGCCAGCUCCAAGAUGAGGCCCAGGGGCUCAAGGAUGCUCAAGCAAAGGCAGACGAGAAUGAAGAGUCACCCUCCUCCUCUGCUCAUGAUUCUGGAGAUGCUGUUGCAAGCACCUCUACUGCUAGCUUCCCUCAGAAGUCUAAAUCUCUGGGUGAGGCACCUCCCAUCACUGCUGGUAAACGUGUGGCCCGCAGAAGAUCUGGUAAAGGUGCCAAAGGCCGAAGGGAGCAAAGUGCUAGUUGCUGCUCUAAGGCCCCACAGUCUGCUGAGAGCCUCCAGAAUGAACUUAUAACAAGGAAGGCGGGACUGCUGAUGCAGUAUCUGCUCUGCAUGUACAAAAUGAAACAGCCAAUGAAUAAGGGAGAGAUGCUGAAAGUCAUUAAUAAAAGAUUCAGGGAGCAGUUCCCUGAGAUUCUUAAGAAAGCCUCUGAGCGCAUAGAGCUCGUAUUUGGUCUUGAAGUGAAGCAGCUCAAGCCCAAUGGUAGCUAUUACACCCUUGUCAGCAAGUUAGACCCCAGCAUUGGUGGGACUCUGGCCACUGGCUUGCCUUUCCCCCAAAAUGGGCUUCUGAUGCCUCUGCUGGGUGUGAUCUUCUUAAAUGGCAACCGUGCCUCUGAGGUAGAGAUCUGGGAAUUCCUGAAUAUUUUGGGAAUCUAUGAUGGGAAGGUGCACACAAUCUUUGGGGAGCCCCGACACCUCAUCACCAAAGUUUUGGUUAAGGAAAAGUACCUGGAGUACCGGCGGGUGGCAGACAGUGAGCCUCCAGGCUAUGAAUUCCUCUGGGGUCCCCGAGCCUAUGCCGAAACCACCAAAAUGAAAGUCCUGGAGUUUUUAGCCAAGGUCAAUGAGACCGUUCCUCAGUCCUUCCCAUCUCAUUAUGAAGAGGCUUUGAGAGAUGAGGAAGAGAGAGCCAAAGCUGAAGCUGUAGGCAAGUGUGGCACUACUGCCACAAACAAGGCAGAGUCUAAAGUCACACCUGGUGACUCCUCUUGCCCCUAGAGAAAUUAGAGGCAGAUAUAUCCUUGGGUUUGGAGCAGUUUCCCACAUUAAAAGGAAUGAGAGGCUGAGAGUUCAUAAUGUGUAUCUUCUUGUACUUUGGUUAUACAUUAGUACUUUUCAAGUGUUUCCCUUUUCUUAGAAUCGUUAUUUAGAUUCAGAAUCAAUAGUUAUAAAUAACAUAGUUCAUAUUACUUGUUGCUGGAAGAUUUAAGUAUAAGAAUUUUGAUAUUCUAUAUUACAUUCUAAAAACCCUUGAAUCUUUAAGUUGAAGAGCAAGCAACCGUGACUUUAUAAUGGAGAUUUUUUUUUAAAUGUGUGAGAGAGUGUAAUUUGUUUCUUAAAAAAAGGAAAACAAACAAAAUGUAUAAACUGCCAUUUUCCCUUAUUCACUUUUGUUUCUAUUUCACUUUUUGUUAAAGUUUGAAGAAAUACACUUAGUUGUU